AUGCGCUUCAGCCUACUCACCCUCUUCUCUUACGUCGCCAGUGUCCUCGCUGGUCGAUACAUCGUCUUCCUUGCCCCGGCAACCAACAUUGACCAGUUCGUCGACAAGCUUCGCACCCGAGACAGCGAUCUCAGGGUCAUCACGAAGUGGACCGGCACGACUGCCGGUCUUUAUGGUGUUGUCAUCGACUCAAACGUGUGGAAUGUCUGGACUCUGCGCAAGUUCCGCGAGGUCAGGCUGGCCGAAGAGGACAGGAUUGUCACGCUUACCCCUCUGCCGACUGCAGGCUUGCCCGCGGAGCCAGAAGACACCCCUUUCCCUCUUCCUGGCUGGAGCUGA